AUGGAUAUUCAAAAGUACAUAAAGGUUGAGAAGGUUCCUGGUGGCCAGUUGGAAGAUUCAGUUGUUCGCAAAGGAGUAAUGAUUAACAAAGAUGUUAUUGCACCUGGAAAAAUGAGAAGAAAGAUUUUCAACCAACGCAUCAUUCUUCUUGAUUGGCCUCUCCAAUAUAAGAAAGGCGAGAACCAAACAAAUGCUGAGUUGCUUAAAGAAGAAGAAUGGGGAGUCCUGCUACAAUUGGAAGAAGAAUACAUCGAGAGGCUAUGUGUGCAAAUAUUGAAGUUUAAACCAGAUGUGGUUAUCACAGAAAAGGGGCUUAGUGACUUGGCAUGCCAUUAUUUUAGCAAGGCCGGCGUCAGUGGAAUGAGGAGGUUGCGGAAAACAGAUAAUAACCGAAUUGCCAAGGCUUGUGGGGCUGUAAUUGUUAACAGACCAGAUGAAUUGCAACAGUCUGAUGUUGGGACAGGCGCUGGGAUAUUUGAGGUUAAGAAAAUUGGUGAUGAGUUUUUUGCAUUCAUUGUUGAUUGCAAAGAGCCUAAAGCAUGUACUGUACUCUUGAGAGGUCCUAGUAAGGAUCUGUGA